GACCUUUCAUGGACAGUUUGACAGCCAUACAUUUUUAUGUGUUUUUUUUUCCUUCAGGAAAAGCAGUUCAGAGAUGACAUAAAUGAGGGCAUAAUCACAUUAGUAAUCCGGUAAUCACUUAAUAGGACAAUUAAUUACUCCAUUGCUUUCCCUGCUAUGGAACAUCGACACCUUUUACAGUCACAUUUAAACUCAUGAACACAUGAACAGGGUCUAUAAUGGCACCAACGUGGUUCUACAGGGUUGUGGGCCUACUGUUGCCUGUUUGAGGGCCCCCAGGCAGUGGAUAAGGAGAAGGACCAGUGCUAAAACCGGUCUGGCGGUGAGUGAAGACAGACAAGGGGGCAAACAGUAUCCCUUCUGAUAAGGAACAUGAAAUUCCUUCUCAGUUUUAUCGAGUUGGAAAGUAGCUCUAAUUAAAGUAUGCAAGAUAGCCGUUGCAAAUCACACCUUGGGCAACAGAGAAGUACUUCCCCCAACAAAUAGGAAAUUAUAUUGAGUUCUUAAGUGUGGAAAACUAAAAGCCCACUUGGAGGGUUUAAGCGGGAUUACAGCACUAAAAUCUUGUCUCUGCAAUGAUUGACGACACAGUUUAAAAAGCGACACUUACAAAAUGUACAGAGCAACGUGUCAGUGACAUUUCAGUGCACCUCUUAAUAUUUCUGGGAUCCUGUAAUUAAAUUUUUUUCCUCCUUGGCAAAACACUUAAUUAAUUACCGCAAUCAACAUCAGACAUACAAACUCUGGUCUUCUGCACCUUCUGUAAUUUCCCACUUGACUGCCUGUGUGGCACAAACCCAGAAAUCUGCCUGGGUGGAUUGAAACAUGAUGUAAAUGACCAUCGUUGCUCUUUCAUCACAAGGCCCUUCUUAAGCUUUGCACCCUGCCCCUCCCUCUCUCCCUCCCUCUCUCUCUCUCUCUCUCCCCCACCUCUGUCAUCUCAGUGAAGUAGGGUGGGAAAGUCAUUAGGCACAAAUAGGGAGGAGAGAGUGGCUAGCUGUUGCUAUCUCCAUGAGAGUCAGGGCAAAGCUCAGAGCCACAGAGAGAUGGUGAGAGGACUGCACUGGGGAGCAUCUGCCAUGGGAAUACAAUACAUUUGCAGCCCAUUAGAUUGGAUAAACAAAUGGCUCACUGCUGAGAGAUGGUGAGAGUCAUGGACAUCAACAGGAAAACAUUGGGAGAUCAAUAACUCCAGAGGGGGCUGUGGUUUGGGAAUUAAUGGGAUGCUAUGAAAUCGACUUCAAGACGCCAACUGCCCAUUUCAGAGCCACCCUCGUCCGGCACUCAGCUGGCGCAGAGGACCAGCCCUGCACCCGAGACUCGGCGAGAUGGGUAACGCCGUGCGAGGCGCCGUCGCCUUCGUUCCCUCGGAGCGCUGUCAGCGCUACCUGGUGGGGGACCUGAGGGAAAUGCCCCCCGAUCGGACCCUGGACCUCAGCGGGCGGCAGUUGCGCCGGCUGCCGGUCGCCGCCUGCGUCUUCCACGAGCUGGUGAAGCUCUACCUGAGUGACAACAACCUCAGCACUCUACCUGCCGAGGUGCAGGGCCUGAAGAAGCUGCAGCUCUUGGCCCUGGACUUUAACUGCUUUCAGGAGCUCCCUGCGGCGGUCUGCAGACUGCCUCAGCUCAGCAUCCUUUACCUGGGCAACAACAAGCUUUACAGCCUCCCCGGAGAACUGAGCCAGCUCAAGGAACUGAACACUCUGUGGCUCGAGACUAAUUGCUUCACGGUUUUUCCACAGGUAGUUUGUGAGCUCCCUAACUUAAAGACCCUGCACCUCGGUUAUAACCAGAUAGAGAGUUUACCAACUGAGCUGAGAUUGCUGGAGGAGCUUCGGAGUAUUUGGCUCGCCGGGAACCAGCUGGCGGCGUUCCCGUCGGUGUUGCUGGAAAUGCACUUCUUAGCCGUCAUCGACGUGGAUCGAAACAAAAUACGUCACUUCCCGGGCCUGUCUCACCUGCAGGGGUUGAAACUGGUCAUCUAUGACCACAACCCCUGCGUUAAUCCCCCCGUGGUGGGCGAGGGAGUCCGAAGAGUCGGGCGGUGGGCGGACAGCCCGGACGAUGUGCCGGAAGGGGACGGGUCCAAAGCGGCGGGCGAGACUGCGGCGCAGGUCACGGAGGUGCAGCCGGAGGAGGAGCCUAGCGUACGGGGUCAAGGAACAGAGUGACCUUCAGCCUGGGAGAGUUCUGGCAGUACGGAGACGACGUUCAAGUGGAACACUUAGAAAGUCGAGUGGAGUGUUGUUUAUCGGGCCGGUGGCAUUUGGACCAUAUACGGCCAUGACAGGUUGUUGCGCGAGUUGUUUACGAACGUGCAAAAGGAGAAAUGUCAACCCAGGAAUAAAAAACUGCUGAAAAUGA